AUGGCGGUUACUUUACGCCACCUUUCGGCCGAGCAUAAUCAGGUGCUUAUGGGUGUCAAGGUGGGCGACUUCAUCCACUUCGAGUCGCAAGCCAUCUAUUCUAGUGCUGGUUGGGAUAACGAAGCAGACCAAGAGCCAGAGGAUGGUGACGGCGAGUUUGCCGCGCUUGGACUCGAGCAUGGCAGUGAAGGGAGCGAGGAGGAGAGUGGUGACAGUGAUGGGGGCGACAGCGGCGACGCGAGUGACUCAGCAGACGAGGAUGGCAACGAGCCCGAUACGAUCAUGCGGUCUACUCCAGCCAGCGAAGCUGGUGACCAAGAUAUCCUCAGCCAAGCCCAGUCUCCAGACCCGAACCACGACGGUACUCCUACCCACUUGCCAUCUACAGAGGAGUCACACAUUGCACCUCAAGCUGACCAGACUUUCCUACCCUCCGACUAUGUCUUCUACGUCAAGGAACUGGUCGAGGGCAGCACAGGUGCAGUAGUGGACCUGGCACUACUGCAAUGCGAUUUCGCGACAAACCCAACCACUCCGUCUACGAGUGGCCGCUUCACUACAUAUGACGAUGAGAUGGUGUACCUUGCGCCUGCCACCGCCACAGCGGCGGAAGAAGAAAAUGCCGAUGAGGAUGAUGCCCACGCAUCAGAACAUCCAUCGGUCAUGCUCCAGGAUCUCGCUCAAGACUAUGACCUCUCCACUUACGUCAUCUCCCUCAACCCUUCCGCAUCCUUCAUGCGCUCGAAGACUGGUCAUGGACAUGGACAAUGCUGGGCCAACUGCAACGAGGGCUGGCUUCAUUGUCUGGAUUGCUUGUUCCUCGUCCUCCCCAGCGACAUUUACUCCACCGCAGCAUUACAACCCCACCGCCCCGUCUGUCCCGCCUGCAUGGGUCUCGACCUCCUCAGAGAACAACAAGCCCUCCGAGUCCAGCUCGAGGCAUUCCUGACUGUCGACUUCGGCGCUACGGUGGAAUUCCUGGGUCGCUUCAACAUCCAUGGACAGAGCAUAGGGUACGACUUCUGGCAGUAUGAUGAGCGCGAAUGGGGCUACCACUUCGAUGACAUGCUGGAGGACGACAACGCCGGCUCCGAGGGCGACAAUGGCAAUGAUGGGUACGAACACUUUCCCGAGGCCUUCGACCCAGCUGCCAAUGUCGUCAAGAGGCCGGCGGACAAAGAGACCAUUGCUGCUCUGCCGAGAUUCACCUAUGAGGAGUGCGGGGGCUCCGUGGAGCUAGGCGAGGAAUGCUUAAUCUGUCGCGAUAAGCUGGAAGACUCGAGCGUCGUGGUCCUGCUGCCGUGCAUCCACGUCAUGCAUGAGUGUGUUACGCGUUGGCUGGAGGAAUUCGAUACUUGUCCUACUUGUCGUGCCGUUGUGGGUAUGAACGACAGUGAAGGCGCGCAGGAAGAUGAGAGCGGCAGCGACAGCAAGAGUAAAGCCGCUGACGAUUCUACCACGGGGACUGGGAGUCUCGGUUCGGCCGAGGGUGCGCAAGCGGAGAGUGUGGCGGAUGCGCAGGGCGAGAGUAAUGGAGACACGGGCUACGAGGCGGUUCAGGAGGAGACCGGUGAUGAGGCGGGUGCUGAUGUUGAUGUGAGUCAGGUUGACGAUGCUUGGUAG